GCACGAAGCAGCGGCGCAAGCCAAGUCGCAGACCGUCAAAACGUCUCAGGCUAAUAAUUAGGCAAAGUGCACGUAAAUGUCGCCGCGCGAAUGAUUCCAACCUACGUCGCAAUGGGUAUCUGUUGUAGCCGUCGUUUACAGCUCCUUCGCUGUCCAACCGCGUUCUCAACGGGGAUCGCAUGCCAUUUUUUUUCGUUUAUCUUGCUGGAUAGAUCGUUCAUAAACCUUGUCGGCUGUUCGAACCGGUGAAAUGCGCACCCCUAGCAACAGCCGAACACGUUGGCCGUCUCGCGCGCUGUAGGCCGGCCGUGACUAUAGCACGGUCGCCUUGGCAACCGCCCCGGCCCAGCAAGUCAGCGCUAUGCCAGGACUGAUAAGCGCGCCGAGCCAGCCGAGUGAGCGUACUCCGGGACAUACCGGCUGGACUCGGUGUGGUUGGUGACGUGCGCCCUGCGGACUGUGCAAUGGCGGCAUCUUGCUCGCGGUGGACCCGUGGGUGCACGGGGACACCUACAGUCAUCAUUUGCCUUCACCGCAGCGCCUUCUCGGCGGAGGGAGGGUCUACAACGCGAUGACAGUGAUUCGAUUGUUUUUCAUUUUCGUUCGAGACGGGCACCUUCGGAGACAAACAUGGAUACGUCAGUCAUGCGUUCGGGGAUGAUGCGGUCGGGGAUAUCCAGGAUCGCCAUACAAUCGCCGCCUUCGAAGGGGGCCGUCUGCAUGAAGUACUGCGUUCUGCUCCUUGUGCUGCUCAUAAGCAUGUUCCUCAUUGGCAUUGCAGUCUAUUUCGCCUUUCUACAGAAGGAAAAGAAGAAGGUCGAAGAGAAAGAUUUCAUUACACCUGAGCGUUGCAACAGGAUCGAUUUCACGCCCAACAACGAGCAACCACCGCUGAUAUGUUCCUUGGAUGGGCUAGAGAGGUCGCUGCGGAUCCCCGAGCUUCUUUGUUCGCAUCUUGUAUUCCUGUCGGCUAUCGUGGUGCCUGGCAGCAAAGCGAAGCCAGUGGACGGCGCGGAAAGUGGCUUCGAAAAAUUCAAGAAUCUCAAGAGGACCUACGGCACUGUGACAAAGCUGUUGUCCUUCGAAUUGGCGGUGAUUAACUCUCUCAGCAUGGACGUCGUGAACAAUGCCUUCCUCUCGAUCGCCGGUGGGACGAUUGACGGCCUCGACAUCCGAUACUUCAGCGGGAGCGAGCCCUCGCUGCACCUCAUCAAGGACCUUCGGAAGCUCGCGGACAGCGAACAAUAUAUUAUUCACGGCGUAUUCGACAGCGUCAAGAUCAACGUAAUGAAAGACUUCCAUAUCGCUUCUCUGCGAGUAUACAGACAUCCUACGCCACCGGGACCCUUCAAGGCAGUGUCUCUGCAGCCGACCGCAGACAUUGAGAGCGGCGUCCAAGCCUACCAGGCAGCGGUGCAGGGCGCCAAGCUAGCGGCAUCUGGCAACCACUGCAUCGCCCUGAGCUUGGCUGCCGUGCAGUACAGCGGGGCGCAUAGCUAUGGGGACGACGCUUCCGACUUCGCGAAGGCCGCGUAUUGUUCGGAUGACUACGACCGGAAGGACGCUGUCAAGUCUUCGUCCAGUCUGUCCCACUAUGUGCGGAACGAUAAAAUGAACGCGCUCUUUGUAUUUGAGGAGCCCGAAGAUUUUAAAAGCAAGGUUACGAGGAUCGGCAAGUUGCCGAACGCUUGCCUACUCCUGGACGACAUCUUCUACGACCGACACACGUGCACUUGUGACGACACGAACUUUAAGCUGCUGAAGACGGCGCGCAAAGUUUUGUGGCAGUCCUUGAGAGGAUGACUCCGCAGAUGGAGCCAUUCGCUUCGAGAACCUCUUGUGUGCCCACACGGCGUCAUUUGUUGGAGAUGGCGUGGCGUAAAUUACUGACUUCAUUUUAAUUUUCAGACCGCCCUCGAAAGCAUAACGUCGUACGCGGAAAUAUUCAUAUCUUUGUUACGCGAGUGUGAAAUGCUCCAAGCUCUCACUGUUUCGUUUCGGCUCAAAACUCAGCAUUGAAAAGGC